AUGCAGCUGAUGCCGCAGAUGAGUAUUGUCGGUCUGGAGAAUCUACAAAUCUAGCAUCUUGCAAAAAGUUUGUGAUAGCUAUUUGUGAAAUAUUUGGGGACCAGUAUCUGAGAUCUCCAAAUGAAGAAAAUACUGCUAGAUUGCUUGCAAUAGGGGAGCAAAGAGGUUUUCCUGGUAUGUUAGGGUCUAUAGAUUGCAUGCAUUGGACUUGGAAAAAUUGUCCUAAAAAAUGGCAUGGCAUGUUUAAAGGUCAUGUGAACAAGCCAACAAUGAUUCUGGAGGCAGUUGCUUCAAAGGAUCUUUGGAUUUGGCAUGCAUUCUUUGGUUUACCAGGGUCUCUCAAUGACAUAAAUGUGCUUCAACGUUCACCUGUGUUUGCAAAGCUAUCUGAAGGUGAAGCUCCAAAAGUGAAUUAUACCAUCAAUGGUCAUCCGUACACAAUGGAGUAUUACCUUGCAGAUGGUAUAUAUCCACCAUGGGCAACAUUUGUGAAGACCAUACCAGCUCCAGAAGGCAGAAAGAAGAAACGUUUUGCCAAAAGACAAAAGGGGGCCAGAAAGGAUGUGGAGAGAGCAUUUGAAGUUCUGCAAUCCUGUUUUGCCAUUGUUCGAGGACCAGCAAAAGGUUGGAAACGUAAAGAAAUUGGUGAUCUCAUGAAAGCUUGCAUCAUAAUGAACAAUAUGAUAGUCGAAGAUGAGCGAGACAGCGGUCCACAUGACUACAUCUAUGACUCUAUGGGAGUAAAGGUGACCCCAUCUCAUACUCAUGCGGAAAAACUGAGUGUGUUUAUUCAAAUGCAUCAACGGAUCACAAACAGAGCAUUUCACUCUCAGCUCCAAGAUGAUCUAGUUGAGCACAUCUGGCAAAAGUUUGGAGACGAAUGAUUAUGGACGUAGUUGUAAUAAUGUAGUGUUUUCAAUCCUGUACGCGGUUGUAAUGAUGUACUAUUUCAGUUAUGCCAUAAUGCAAUGUUUUCACACACAACAAAUAUUUCAGAUAUGAAAAAUAGUUUCAGAUAUGAAAA